GACUUGCUUGACGCUUGUUGUUAUUCCCUUCCCGACAUCCCCGUUUUUCAUCUUGAUCUUACCGGUUUUAGCAUAACCGACAACCCACGACAACCUCGUUUGGCUGUCGUUUGAAAUUAAGCAAAUUUUGCUGAAAUAAAUAUCAGUCGAAGUUAUAACAGCGGAACGAUGAGCGAUCUACUGUGAUACUGUCGGAACCUUGAAACUGUCCCCGUCCUGUUACAAGGAAAACUCGGGAAUAAAUGAUCCAAUUCUCGACGGGGGCGUAGCUCAGAUGGUAGAGCGCUCGCUUAGCAUGCGAGAGGUACCGGGAUCGAUACCCGGCGCCUCCAAGAUGUCCUUUUUUUACUCUUUUGGCCAACAAAUUAUUAUAACGAAAAAGGAAAGCAUGCAGCAAACUGCCAAACUGAAAGUCGUGAAAGUGGGUCGCCGAGAAACCAGUUGGAAUUAACGAGAAAAAAAAAAUUAUGGGCUCGUCCGGGAUUUGAACCCGGGACCUCUCGCACCCUAAGCGAGAAUCAUACCCCUAGACCAACGAGCCACUUCGAGAACUUGUUGCUCCUAAAACGGUUGACCACUCGGACAGUCAAAUAUCGGUCAAUCAAAUGUACGUGACUCUCGUUCCAUUCACAUACAAAGAAAGCAUAUUCAAAGAUAAAAAUGCCAGAUAACGUGACGACAGGAGACCAGAAGAUCUUCCUAACAAUAAAGGAAAAGCGCACGGCGAAGGAUAAUGAAGGACAAAAAAUGGAUACACGCAGAAAGUACGAUUGCGUCGCGUGCUCUUGAAUUCAGAAAAUAUGGACACGUCGGAAUUCGUGGAAUUUGCCAAAGCGACUAUUGACUAUGUGGCGGAUUACACCGAGACUUUGAGAAGCAGAAACGUAUUGCCGAAUGUGGAACCGGGUUAUCUCAGUAAGUUAUUGCCGCAAGAAGCGCCGGAAAAAUCGGAGAAAUGGCAGGAGAUACUCAAAGACGUGGAGCAAUAUAUUAUGCCAGGGAUAACACAUUGGAACUCGCCGCAUUUUCACGCGUAUUUUCCAACGGCUAAUUCUUAUCCGGCUAUCGUCGCUGAAAUUUUGAGCUGCGCGAUUGGGUGCAUCGGUUUCAACUGGAUAGCAUCUCCAGCUUGCACCGAGCUCGAGGUUAUUACGUGCAAUUGGCUUGGGCGGCUGUUAGGGCUUCCCAACGAAUUUUUGAAUAGUAGCAAUGGAACAGGUGGAGGAGUCAUUCAGGGGUCUGCAAGUGAAUGUACAUUCAUAUGUCUAUUAGCUGCGAAAGAGCACACAACGCGUCGAAUGAAACGUCUUCAUCCAGAGUUAGACGAGGAUUACAUCAAAUCUAAACUGGUCGCAUAUACUUCUAAUCAAUCUAAUUCUUCAGUCGAGAAGGCAGGAAUUUUAGGAUCAAUGCCAAUGAGAUUGCUAUCGGUGGACGACAAGUGCUCUCUGCGCGGAGAAACUUUGAAGAAAGCGGUAGAGGAAGAUUUGGAGAAAGGCCUUAUACCGUGUUACGUCGUCGCUACUUUAGGAACUACUGGCACCUGCGCCUUCGACAAUAUCGACGAGAUAGGACCAAUAUGCGAAGAAUAUAAUUUAUGGUUGCAUAUUGACGCUGCUUAUGCGGGUGCAGCGUUCGUUUGUCCGGAAUUCCGUCAUUUGAUGUCCGGCGUUCAGUACGCGGAUUCCUUUAACGUGAACGCGCACAAGUGGUUACUCACGAAUUUCGAUGCUUCAGUGAUGUGGGUAAAAGACUCGAGACGACUUAUAGAAGCGUUCAGUGUUAACAGAAUAUAUCUCGCACACGAUAAUGAAGGACUUGUACCGGAUUAUAGGAAUUGGCAGAUAGCGUUGGGCCGGCGUUUUCGUUCCUUAAAAUUGUGGUUUGUCAUGCGCAUUUACGGUGUGCAAGGACUUCAGGAGCAUAUUAGAAACACCAUAAAACUAGCGAAACUUUUCGAGACGUACGUUAGGUCGGAUGACAGGUUCGAAAUAGUCACCGAAGUCGUUAUGGGUCUUGUCUGUUUCCGUAUCAAGGGUGAUAACAGUUUAACAAAAGAGCUCUUAGAUCGUCUGCAGGCUAGAAAACAAAUUUAUCUCGUCGUCGGUACGUAUCGACAUAAACUUGUCGCCAGAUUCGUCGUGUGCAGUCGAUUAUGUCGGGAAGAAGACAUCGCUUUCUCGUGGAAUGAAAUAAGUAGUCAGACAACAGAAAUUUUGCGAAAGAAUCUUCAUCAAGAAUCGGUCAAUAAUAUCGUGAAAUCGACAGACGAUAUUGCGACAAGGAUAGAAAGUUUGAAUUUAAAGACAAAGGAAAUUUCGCAGAAAAUAUCGUAACGAUCGUAUCUUUGUGCCUUUCCUCUGUAAAAUUGCGCGAUCAAUUAAUUAUAGUAUUAUAUUAUUAUUUCUUGUGGCUUCGGUUUUUUUAAAUUUUUAUGUAUGCAAAAUCUGCAUCAAUAUACUACUUUAAUAAUGUAGUGUCUAAAGAUUAAUUAUUAUUUUUUAGUAUUUUUUUUCGUUAUAUUUUAUGUUUUAGCAUUCUAUUGUCUAAUUCA